GCCUCACCCCGCAUGCGCAGUGACGGGCCUGUUCGUUCUCGCUGAGGGAGAAAGACGCAAGCAGCCGCGGGGUCUCGGUGGAGCGGCGGCGGCUGGAGACGGAGAGCGACGGCGCCACAUGCAUAGUGAGUACUGUGUGGUCCUCUCACCCUCAAAGAUGGUGAAGCUGGAUAUUCACACUCUGGCUCAUCACCUCAAGCAGGAACGGCUCUAUGUAAACUCAGAAAAGCAACUUAUUCAGAGAUUAAAUGCAGAUGUAUUGAAGACAGCUGAGAAACUGUACCACACAGCGUGGAUUUCCAAGCAGCAAAGGAUUAACUUGGACAGACUUAUCAUAACAAGUGCCGAAGCUUCUCCUGCUGAAUGCUGCCAGCAUGCCAAAGUCUUGGAGGACACACAGUUUGUUGAUGGGUACAAGCAGUUGGGAUUUCAAGAGACUGCUUAUGGAGAAUUCCUCAACAGGUUGAGAGAGAACCCUAGGCUUAUUGCUUCCUCUCUGGUUGCUGGAGAGAAACUCAACCAGGACAACACACACAGUGUUAUUUACACAGUCUUUACCUCCAUCUAUGGCAAUUGCAUCAUGCAGGAAGAUGAGAGCUACCUCCUUCAAGUUUUGCGUUACUUGAUAGAAUUUGAACUAAAGGAAAGCGACAAUCCCAGACGGCUUUUGAGGAGAGGCACCUGUGCAUUCAGCAUUUUAUUCAAACUUUUUUCUGAAGGACUCUUUUCUGCAAAACUCUUCCUCACUGCAACAUUGCAUGAGCCAAUCAUGCAGCUGCUGGUGGAAGAUGAAGACCACCUAGAAACAGAUGCAAACAAAUUGAUUGAGAGGUUCUCUCCCGCACAACAGGAAAAACUCUUUGGGGAGAAAGGCACUGAAAGGUUCAAACAAAAAGUCCAAGAAAUGGUGGAUUCCAAUGAGGCUAAGUUAGUGGCUUUGGUGAACAAAUUCAUUGGUUAUCUCAAGCAGAAUACAUACUGCUUUCCGCAUAGCUUGAGAUGGAUUUUAUCACAAAUGUACAAAACACUCUCCUGUGUAGACCGGCUGGAGGGUGGGGAGGUGCGAGCAAUGUGCACAGAUCUUCUGCUUGCAUGUUUCAUUUGUCCUGCAGUUGUCAACCCAGAACAGUAUGGAAUAAUUUCCGAUGCCCCAAUAAACGAGGUGGCAAGAUUUAAUCUGAUGCAGGUCGGGAGACUUUUGCAGCAGUUGGCAAUGACAGGCUCUGAAGAGGGAGAUCCGCACAUGAAGAGCAACCUUGGCAAAUUCGACAAAAGCUGUGUUGCUGCUUUCCUGGAUGUUGUUAUUAGUGGGCGUGCUGUGGAAACCCCUCCGAUGUCUUCAGUUAACCUUCUAGAAGGGUUGAGUAGGACUGUGGUUUAUAUGACAUACAGCCAACUUAUUAAUCUGGUUGGUUUUAUGCGAAAUGUAAUGUCAAGUGACCAACUGAAGGAAGAUCGGAUGGCUCUGGAAAACUUGUUGGCAAACUUACCCCAGAACAAACCCGGGAAAAGUAGCAGCCUUGAAAUGACUCCUUACAAUACCCCACAACUCUCCCCUGCAACUACCCCAGCUAACAAAAAAAAUCGACUGCCUAUAGGACAACAGUUGGCAGCCAUUACUGCCUGGGAUACUUCUACCACCAAUCUCUCAGCUCACAUUAAUCUAGUAACCCCAUUUGCUACCCGUAGCAGAAACAGAUCAAAUAUUCCGAUGGACCAGCAUGGAGACCAUGAAGGAUCCUCCCAGGAUUCUAUACAGGAAGUUCAGCCAGAAGAAGUACUGGUUAUUUCUUUGGGAACAGGUCCGCAGCUUACUCCGGGGAUGAUGUCAGAAAAUGAGGUCUUAAACAUGCAGCUUGCCGAUGGAGGACAAGGAGAUGUCCCUGUUGAUGAAACCAAACUCCACGGUAAACCUGAUAAAACCUUGCGCUUUUCCCUCUGCAGUGAUAAUCUGGAAGGAAUAUCUGAAGGUCCUUCAAAUCGCUCCAAUUCUGUGUCCUCUUUGGAUUUAGAAGGAGAGUCUGUGUCAGAGCUUGGUGCAGGGCCUUCUGGGAGCAAUGGUGUUGAAGCCCUGCAGCUGUUAGAACAUGAACAAGCUACGACCCAGGAUAAUCUUGAUGACAAGCUCCGUAAAUUUGAAAUUCGUGAUAUGAUGGGAUUGACUGAUGAUAGGGACAUAUCAGAAACUGUGAGUGAGACCUGGAGCACAGAUGUCUUGGGCAGUGACUUUGAUCCAAAUAUUGAUGAAGACCGUUUGCAAGAAAUUGCAGGUGCAGCUGCAGAGAACAUGCUUGGCAGCUUGCUGUGUUUGCCAGGUUCAGGAUCUGUGCUGCUGGACCCCUGCACAGGGUCAACCAUCUCCGAAACCACCAGUGAAGCUUGGAGUGUGGAGGUAUUGCCAAGUGAUUCAGAGGCCCCAGACCUAAAGCAGGAGGAAAGACUGCAGGAGCUGGAAAGCUGUUCUGGGCUGGGCAGCACCUCUGAUGACACAGAUGUGAGGGAGGUCAGUUCUCGUCCCAGUACACCAGGCCUCAGCGUCGUGUCAGGUAUUAGUGCAACCUCUGAGGAUAUUCCUAAUAAGAUCGAGGACCUUAGGUCUGAGUGUAGCUCUGACUUUGGAGGGAAAGAUUCAGUGACAAGUCCUGAUAUGGAUGAAACAGCUCAUGGAGCCAGUCAGUUGACUUCUCCCCCUUCUCAGUCGGACUCUUUGCUUGCAUUGUUUGACCCUUUGUCAUCACACGAAGGUGUAUCAGCAGUGGUUAGGCCUAAAGUGCACUAUGCAAGACCCGCUCAUCCGCCGCCAGAUCCCCCAAUCUUGGAAGGAGCUAUGGGAGGUAAUGAGGCCAGAUUACCAAAUUUUGGCUCCCACAUCUUAAUCCCAACUGAUUUGGAGGCGUUCAAACAAAGGCAUUCCUACCCAGAAAGGCUGGUCCGCAGCAGGAGCUCUGACAUAGUGUCAUCAGUUCGGAGACCUAUGAGUGACCCUGGCUGGAAUAGGCGGCCUGGUAAUGAAGAAAGGGAGCUUCCUACACAAACACCCAACAUUGGGGCAGCUGCUUCAGUGCCUGCGCCUCAGUCCUCUUCGUCAUCCCCCAGUAAAGACUCCUCUAGAGGAGAGAUUGAGGAACGAAAAGAUAGUGAUGAUGAGAAAUCUGACAGGAACAAACCCUGGUGGAGAAAGCGUUUCGUUUCUGCCAUGCCCAAAGCUCCUAUACCAUUUAGAAAAAAAGAAAAACAAGAAAAAGACAAAGAUGACUUUGUGUCUGAGAGAUUCUCAACACUUCAAGAUGAUCCCAAUCCCAGACUAAGUGCACAGGCACAGGCUGCAGAGGAUAUCCUGGACAAAUAUAGGAAUGCUAUUAAGCGAACCAGCCCAAGUGAAGGAGCUAUAGUAAAUUAUGAAAGUGCAGAUGUAAUUGGAGAUGGUGAGAGUAUACACGACUCUCCACGUGAUGAAGCCCUGCAGAAUAUGUCAGCUGAUGACCUCCCAGAUUCUGCAAGUCAAGUAGCACAGCCACAAGACUCUGCUUUCUCUUACAGGGAUGCAAAGAAGAAACUGAGACUGGCUCUUUGUUCAGCAGAUUCCAUUGCCUUCCCAAUGUUGACCCAUUCGACAAGAAAUGGCCUACCAGAUCACACCGACCCUGAUGAUAAUGAAAUUGUGUGCUUCCUGAAAGUUCAGUUAGCUGAAGCUAUUAACCUACAAGAUAAGAAUUUGAUGGCCCAACUGCAGGAGACAAUGCGCUGUGUAAGCCGCUUUGAUAACCGAACAUGUCGAAAGCUACUGGCUUCCAUUGCAGAGGAUUAUAGGAAAAGGGCUCCAUAUAUUGCUUAUUUAACCCGAUGUCGCCAAGGUCUGCAGACCACACAAGCCCAUCUGGAAAGGCUCCUGCAGAGGGUAUUACGUGAUAAGGAAGUGGCCAACAGAUAUUUCACCACAGUUUGUGUGAGGUUACUUCUGGAAAGCAAAGAAAAAAAGAUAAGGGAAUUCAUUCAAGAUUUCCAGAAACUCACUGCAGCAGACGAUAAAACAGCCCAAGUAGAAGACUUUCUUCAGUUUUUAUAUGGGGCCAUGGCCCAGGAUGUCAUCUGGCAAAAUGCCAGCGAAGAGCAGCUCCAGGACGCACAGCUUGCCAUCGAACGCAGUGUGAUGAAUCGCAUUUUCAAACUCUCAUUCUACCCGAAUCAGGAUGGAGACAUUUUGCGUGACCAGGUCCUUCACGAGCAUAUCCAAAGGUUGUCUAAGGUAGUGACUGCAAACCACCGAGCACUUCAGAUACCAGAGGUGUAUCUUCGGGAGGCACCAUGGCCAUCUGCACAGUCCGAAAUCCGCACAAUCAGCGCUUACAAAACCCCACGGGACAAAGUGCAGUGUAUUCUGCGAAUGUGUUCAACCAUCAUGAACCUGCUGAGUUUGGCCAAUGAAGAUUCAGUCCCUGGGGCAGAUGACUUUGUUCCUGUUUUGGUGUUUGUUCUGAUAAAGGCAAACCCACCCUGCUUGUUGUCCACUGUUCAGUACAUUAGUAGCUUCUAUGCUAACUGUUUAACUGGAGAAGAAUCUUACUGGUGGAUGCAGUUCACAGCAGCAGUUGAAUUUAUUAAAACCAUUGAUGAUCGUAAGUGACCCAAAAGGGCACCUAUGUAGACAGACUGUUAGCAGCAAAGAGCCUGUAAGAAUGUAUAUCAACUGUUUCAAAGGCUGAAGAAAUACUUUCCUUGUAUAAUAUUGUACAGAGUGGAAGCGUUUAAAAAAAAUUUUACUAAUCAGAUUAAUUAAUUUAACCGGUUUUCUUUCCUCUCUGUUUUGGUUGCAUCUUUCCCCCCUUUAGGGAUUAGCACGGGAAAAAGGGACCACAUUUUUCAGGUAUUGUGGAUUCUCAAAAUCGUUUAGGAAACUCUGCUGUCACUGCCCCUUUCACACACACUAUUUUUCCCCUAGACUUCUGUUGAUGUAAAUUUGUUCAAUUUCUUUGUUUCCAACCAAAAAGAUCAUGGCAAGCACUUUUAAGAACCUUUCUAGCUUAAUACACCUUUUGUAAGAAAACACCAGCUGCACUGAAAGUUUGUAGCAGUUGACAUAAUUAUAAAUUGUACUUCACCUAUGGUAAAAUUAAAACCUGGGGACAAUGUAAAUAUAUUAUAUAAUAUUUAAUAAACUGCAGUCCUCUUUGGACUCAUUAUCCUUUCAACCAGCAAAGAAGCAGUUUCUCUCUCCUACAGCAGGUUGUGACAUACUGUAUUGGGUAAUGAGAUGACUUCCUCAAUAGGAUAAGUUUAAAAAGGGCAAACCUAAAUAUUUAUUAAAAUUUAAUAAAGUUUACAGAACUUUCUGAAACUGGAAUUUACGAUUCACAGGGCUCUCACUCGAAAGUUUAAAAUUUUUGGCUCGGGAAUUAGAGCAUUUUAAAUAAAUAGUUUGGAUUUAUAGAGGAGAGGGGCUGUAAGUUUCAAUAGAGAAGUUCUAAUAUAAAAAGGAAUAGUAUAUACCUUAUUGUAAUAUUUUUCAUCUGAAAUACUGUGUAUACUGUACAAACCCCAAACAGAAUUCCUUACAGAACCUGAAACUGUAAUAUAUAUUUUGAUUAUUCACAUUAAAUACACAUGCCAGGGGUUUCAGUGAAUGUUUUUUUACUAUAUGUUCUUUGUAUCGUCUUCUCUAGCAGUGCAGGUUUUACUAUUCAUAUAAAAUAUUUUAAAGUACCACGUUGUCCUUUAUAAAACACAUCAUGAAAUCAGUUCACGGAAUCUUUGCAAAUGUCUCUCACCCCUCUCCCAUUUGAAACUGACAAUUACGAGAAGAGCAGGUGCACUUCCUUGACCAGCAAAAUAAUAGAGUUCCCAGAGCUGGCCCAAGCCAUUUCUUAUAUGCCUGUGAGUGGUCACUGGCCUUUGUUCUUGUAGAUCUCUCUAAAAAGGAUGGCGAUCAAUUUCUUUUGUAAAAGGCACACUGCUUAACCCCUUGAUGCUGGCAUUACUCCUCGCUCUCUCCUCUUCCUCCCAGUGCACAUCUCUUUGCUGGCAGUGAGGUGAGCCAGAUGUGCUGGCUUUGAGCGGUAAAAGAAAUGACAUAAUCUGCACCCCUUCUUUAAAUAGAAGAACAGUUUAUAUUUCUAAACACUGCUUAAAAAUGGGUUGAAGAUUUUUUUGUGUACUGGAAAAAGCCAACAUACCACAUGUUAGAAGCCACGUGAGUUUUUUAAAAAGGGAAUCCAUAAAAAUCUAAGUAACUAUUACUUCUGAAAGUCAUUAACUGAAAUUAGAACAAUCUAUGUACAGUAUUAAGUGAUUGAGAUGUGAUUGUGUUACCCAUCUAGGCAUAAUUCAGUGAAAGAAACCUUUGUUUUCAAGGACUUAAUCAUUAAUGUGUAAUUCAAUAUAUCAUUUUUAUCAUGUUAAAUAAAUCAUGGGGAAUCAAGUGAGAUGGUAUUUUUUUUUGAAGUUUUGUUUAUAGUCUUUCUCCUCUAUUAUAGACUUACAGGGUACAGCAAUACUUUCUAGUAGCAAUGGAGUUGCUGUAGUCUGCUUUACUGUGAUCUUGAGUCUGAAUGGCAUUGUUAAUACUCUAGUUGUUUAGCCGUCAUGGUUUUUUGGUGCUAAUGUAUUGCAUUCACCGCCCUAACCAAUAACAUUCAGCAGCGAAGCACAAUACUGCCCUUUAAGAGAGAGCCAGAAUUACAUCUAAAAGCAACGUACAUUUGUUAUGCCACAAUUCAGAAGUGUUCUGUUGUGUUAAAUUAUCACUGAGAAUUUGCUGUGUUGAUAUCAAACUACUGACGACGUACCCUUAAUUCUGCAAUUUUUGGUUUUUGUGACAGAGAAUAUUUGGUCUCUAAAACCUGUCAUUUUCUUAUAUUUAACAUUUGGCACAAAGCUCUCUAAGGGGGAGCAAAUGAUAGUCAAUGAUUAUCAUGCAUUUUACCUUUUUAUUAUGAGCAGUCUGGACACAAAGGAGUUGAUCUAUGAUUCUGUGAUCAGCUUGAUCAGGUCUUCAGGAUUUAUUCUCUCUACUGGAAAGUUAUUUUCUCCUGGCAAAAACCAUUUUCUUCACAUUUGUAUCACUUCGCUGCUUUUCUGUAUAGAAAAGUUACUGAAGAACUUGAACAAUUUUUUAAAUGGUAAAUAUUUGUAUAAGCCCCAAUAUAGGUGAGAAUCUUCACAGCAGGAUGGUCCUUUGCUUCUUUUUUAACCUGCUGUAAAAGCCUUUUAUACACUGUUAUAAAUGUAGUAAAAGAAUUAGGCUUUCCAAAGAAUUAGGGAUCUUAUUGUAAUGUGUGUGUCUAUUUUUCCUGGUGUCCUGAUUUUGUUUUAAAAUGUUAAAUUAUAUGUACAGGAAGAUGACUUUACGUUUUCUGUUGUGCAAUAGUAAGAAAAUAAAGAUGGAAAGCACAUUAAGGACCAAACAGUAAAAGAACUGUUUUGCCAAAAGGCUCCAGCCAGCCAUGCACACACAUUGCAUUGAAUCAGUACUCAGAAUUUCAGUGCUUGCUGUUAGAAUUACUUCAGACACUUAACAGUGAACUGAAAAAUGUUUUGGGAGGUGCGGAGUGGAGGUUAUUAAUAGCGAUCAUAUAUGCAGACUUAAGGCCCAACUAUUGAAGUUCAGGACUGUACUGCCUGUAGGAGUAAGGAGUACUCACCUGUCUGUGAUUUCAUAUGAUUGGGCACAUACAUGUUACAAAGGCAUUAUUUUUCUUUCUUGGGAUGGGGAGCUGGAGGGAAGAGGCUUGGCUCUUUCAUCUGCAGGGGAAUCCCCUUUUACUUCUAACACCUGAUGAUUUUUCUUUUUAAAGCUUGUUCUUCAAGAGGAAUUGCAAUGUAUGGCUUUUUUUUUUUUUUUUUUUGUACUACCAAAUACUGAAUGUAACUGCCAUAAAUUUUAGGAAGAAGCCACAAACACAAUCUCUUUACUGUAGGUGAGUUUGUGGUGAGCACCAAGUGUUGGAUCAGAUUUAGUUUGAAAAUGUUGAUGUUCUAUUAAGCCAAAUUCUAGCAGAAAUUUGCGAUUUCGUUGCUAUGUUAAUGCUGAAUAGUUUGUAGAGGGAAAUUAGUAGACUAAGAAAGGGGAAGCAGUCAAGAGCAGUCCCACUUCUCAAAGCUGCAUGAAAGUGAAGCAUAUUUGUCUAAAGUCUAGUAAUUUAUGUGGCAUAUAUAUAUAUAUAUUUAUAUAUAUAAAGCAGCCUUAGGCUAGCUGUGUGGCAGGAGAACCUGGAGCAGCAGAAAAAAUAGUGGACCGUAGGAAGGGGAAAGUACUCCUUUUAUUUGGAUAACAGCUGAUAGCUUGGUUGAGCCUGUACUACUUGAGAAUUAAUUGCUGAGUUACUAUUGUGUGUUCUGUACCUUUAAUUGUGCUUCACCUCUAUUUAAAAGCUUUGUACUGCCUCUCUUGAAACUGGUAAAGCCUUUAACAUUUUAAAUUAAUGAGCUUGCACAAUCUUGUAUACAGGAAACCCAUCUUGUCUCUACUGUGAUUAUUAAUGUAUUAUAUCAUUCUGUAAAAACUGAUUAAAAAGGAGAGCAGUUUAACUGUGACUG